AAGGCGAGAGAUGGAUGUUGAGACUGGGACUGAUUCUGAGUUGGUGUUGAUUGGUGGUUGCUACGAGCAGAUUAUUUUCGGUUAUCGGAUAAAAAAGCCUGGGCAGAACUGGAAUCCAGAACCUGACUUUACUCAUCAUGCUCAUACAGCCUCUUUAACCACUGUGGCUAUAAACGAUUGCUACGUGGCAACAGGCAGUAAAGAUGAAACUAUUCAGCUAUACAACAUGAAAAAGAAAAUCGAUCAAGGAUCGUUAUUGUACCAUGAUGGUACAAUAACCUGCCUUGAAUUCUAUGGAAAUACACACUUGCUCAGUGGAGCAGAAGAUGGACUUAUCUGUGUGUGGGACAUUAAAAGAUGGGUCUGCCUGAAGACUAUUCGAGCUCAUAAGCAGCAUGUGAGAUUUUUAAGUUGUUCUGAUAAUGCACGUGGAGCCCUUCCUAGGUUGUCUUUUUAUUUCUACAGAACAUGGAAUCUGAUUGAUGGAAAAUCUGCAUUCAUCAAAAAUAUAAAUCGGAAUGCUCACAUUGUUCAGUGGUCCCCAGCUGGAGACAAUUAUAUUGUUAUUUCAAAUAACGAGCUGGAUGUAUAUAAUCUGGUAACUGCCUCCAUCCAUGGAACUAUUGUAUGUAAGACGAGGAUCUCAUCGGUGAAAUUUAUAAUGGAGUCUAUCGUUGCUAUAGCUGGGGAUGAAGAAUAUGUCAGAUUGUACAAUACAAACACAAAAGCAUGUCUUUCUGAGUUCAAGGCUCAUGACACCAGGGUAAAAGUGAUGCACUUUUUCUCAGUUGCACAGAGUCAUGUUCUUGCCACAGCAUCCAGCGAUGGUUACAUUAAGCUAUGGCAAAUAGACAUUAAAAAGAUUCAGAGUUGUCCUGUGUUGCUGAGUAAAGUAAAUACUUCUGCCCGCCUGACCUGUCUAGCUGUGUGGCUGUCAAUUCCUCAAAGCAUUGCACAAAGGACUGAAGAGCUAGUAACACAGUGUGAAGGAGACAAAUCCAGUAUUAAACUUUCUAAACAGAAGGAGGUUAAAUUUAAAGAAGCUACUUUGGAUGGUGGGAAACAUCCACAAAAGAGAAAGAGAGAAAUUCUGUACAAGAGGGAAAAAGCUGUUGAAACAAAAGAGAAGAGAAAGAAAAGGCUUCAAAUGAACACUUCUCAGUAGUGUAAUUAUAUAUAAUCAGGUGUUGUAUGUGGAUGAUCACAUGACAUUUCAUGCUUUUGUAUUUGUAAAGUGAGAUUGUGGAUGUCAGUGAAAUGUUGACAUUAUCUGAAUAGACUGCUUUCUCAGGGUGCAUCUCAUAGCACAAAUCCAGGAUUUUAAAAUAUUAACUGUCUAGAUUCCUAGAAGUUUACAGUCAAUUCGAAAUGCGAAAUGAAAUUGCUAAAUUUGUAGCUUUAACAGUUUUCAUGAUAGUGAAGUGUAAAGUUGUAAAAUCUGAUAGUUCUGCAAUUCAUUUUUCUAUGAAGACCAAAGCAUCUGUGAUAACAUUUCUCGAUGUGGAAGAAUUAUUGUCUUUUAUGUUUCAGUUGUCACCUUUUUGCUAAGAGAGUUGCUGUGUACUGGAAAGAAAAACAAUCAGAAGUGGUUUUCCACAUCAAAUCAAUCAACUAUGGUUUUGUGAAUUACAUUGUGUUAACUUUCACUGUGUCAGGUUACAAAUGUAAAAUAGUUACUUGCAAGUAAGGAGGUGCAGUAGAGAAAGAGAAAAUUAAACAAGAAAUUGAAAUUA